GUGCUGCUGGCGGAUGGCGGAGAGACUGUGGCCGGGAGGAUGGAGAACCGUCCCCUAGCAACGUGUGCAGGUGACCAGGCCCUCUUUUCCUCUGUUUACUCGAUACUCAUGCAGCAACUUCCACGAGAGCCAAUGGAAUGGAGAAGAUCCUAUGGGCGGCCACCAAAGAUGAUCCAUCUCGAAGCAAAUUUUGUUCAGUUUAAAGAAGAGCUGAUACCUAAAGAGGGAAACCGAGCCCUUUUAACCUUUCCUUUCCUGCACCUGUUCUGGACAGACUGCUGUGACACUGAGGUUUACAAAGCAACAGCGAAGGACGAGAUCACAAAAUGGCAAAACAUUUUAAAAGCUUACAGCAGCUCUGAUUGGCUGAUUGUUGUCGUGGAGAGUGAUGCCAAAAAAAAGAAUAAAACCAACAUUCUCCCCAGGACAUCGAUUGUUGACAAGAUCAGAAAUGACUUCUGCAACAAACAAAGUGACAGAUGUGUGGUGCUGACAGAUCCCCUGAAGGAUUCUUCCCGCACUCAGGAAUCCUGGAAUGCGUUCUUCACGAAGCUCCGCACUCUGCUGCUUAUGUCAUUUACCAAGAACCUGGGCAAGUUUGAGGAUGACAUGAGGACAAUGAGAGAAAAGAGGACUGAAGCUGGCUGGAGUUUCUGUGAAUAUUUCAUGGUUCAGGAGGAGUUAGCCUUUGUGUUCGAGAUGCUGCAACAGUUUGAAGAUGCCCUGGUGCAGUACGAUGAACUCGAUGCACUCUUCACACAGUAUGUGGUCAACUAUGGUGCGGGAGAUGGAGCCAAUUGGCUGACCUCUUUCUGCCAGCCAGUUCGAAGCUGGAAUGGGUUGGUGCUUCGCAAACCGAUCGACAUGGAGAAGAGGGAGCUGAUCCAGAAGAACAAAGCCACCCUGCUGGAUCUGCGCAGCUAUCUGUUCUCAAGGCAGUGCACUCUGCUCGUCUUCCUGCAGAGACCGUGGGAGGUAGCACAGCGAGCCCUUGAGCUGCUUCACAACUGUGUCCAGGAGCUAAAGCUGCUUGAGGUCUCUGUUCCAGGCGGUGCCCUGGAUUGUUGGGUCUUCUUGAGCUGCCUUGAGGUCCUGCAGAGAAUUGAAGGCUGUUGUGAUCAGGUCCAGCUGGAGAAUAAUUACUGCCACACUGUCGGGCUUUGGAGUUACGCUACAGAAAAGCUGCAGUCUCUGGGUUACUUGUGUGGCCUGAUCUCGAAGAGAGGACCAAAUUCCGAAGAGCUGAACCGGACGGUGGAUGUGUUGGCCGGACUGGGAACUGAGCAUCCUGAAACCGUCAACAGCCCACAGAGUCCAUAUAAGACACUGAAUGAAGCACUGUCGUCUGUCGAGGCAUUUGAAAAGCAUUAUUUGGAGCUGUCUCUCACUGCCUUCGAUAUGUACAAAACCAUUGGACAGAACCGCUCGGCUCAGCUACUAGGGAAGGAUCUUGCGGAUUUCUACAUGCAUAAAGGGGAGCCUCAGAAAGCGUCACUGUAUCUCCAGGAGGCACUGAAGACGUACCAGACUGAGGGCUGGAGCUUGCUAACCGCCCAUACCAGGAAACAACUGGCUGAGUGUCAGAAACAGCUUCAGCAGACCCAAAAUUACCUGCAGACCAGCAGCCUGUUGGCGAGUGAUGGGAAUCUGAUGGACGCAGAGCGUGUCCACUUCUGCCAGGAGAUUCUGGAUCUGGCUCAGCGGCCAGCUAAUGGGCAAGGUGACUGGUUGGUGCUGCCCAUGGAUGGCUUUGUCCAACUGAAGAGGUUAUGCUUCAGUCCAGCGUGUGCUGUGGUGCAUGUCGGAGGGUACCUGGACAUUGAGCUCACUGUCAACAGCCUCAUGCCUCUCCCCAUGCACCUAGAUCAACUCUCCAUUCACCUGCACCUCACUGUGAGCAAAGACCCAUCCAAGAGAAGCAGCGAGUUUGGGAGCCGCAAUCGCAAUAUGAGUGGGAUCUUCCUGUUCCCAAGUGAGCCCAGUGGCCACGCCUUCCCCCGGAACAACCAGCCUUCCGUGGAGCUGUAUGAGCUUUAUGACCGGAGCCUGUCAGACAGCUCACUCAACUCCAGCGGCAUUAUCUGCAAGAACAUGCACCUACUGCUGCGGAGGCAGGAGAGCAGCAGCUCCCUCGAGCGACCCUCGGAACUGCCUCUGGACGAUGCUGCACACUCCUUACGCGCCCCCAAUAUCCUGCUGCAGCCAGGAGCCAACACCAUCCACUUCAGCACUCAGGCGAAGGAAGCUGGGAUCUACACCCUGCGCCAGCUCUCUGCCUCCAUGGGAGUAGUGCAGUUCAGUCUUCCUCACAUCUAUCCUAUCAUUCAAUACGAAGUAUAUUCUCAGGAACCUCAGCUCAAAGUAGAGCCACUGACCGACAACCUCCUGGCAGGUAUUUCUCAACAAGUGAAGUUCACCAUCCAGACAGGCCAUUACUCUGUAAAGAAUGGAGACGCACUGCAGCUCAGUAUCACUGACACACUGCCAAUCCUGCACUCAGCCAGCAGCACUGCCACAGUCUCGACCAACAGUUGGGACAAAGUCUCUGAGGCUCCGUUAUCCAUCCAAUCAUCUGGAAAGAUUACCAGUAUCUCUCUGCCCCUGGCUGCUGCCUACCAUCAGAUAGAGUUUGAAUUGCGUGUCAUCUGUCACCUGCCAUCCACACUGCCAACACCCCCCGACUCGGAGAGACCCAGCACUGAGAUAAAAGCAGCUCGCAGAGGACUCGACAAAACUAAAUUGGAGAGCCCGUGUAUGACCUCUAUCGAGCAGAAGAUCACCAUCGACUGCCCGUGGUCCAUUUACUCUUCGCUGGUCUCCUUGACCUUCAACAUUCCCUUCAGUGCUAAACACUUGCUUCUGUCAUCAGGCCGAAGGAAAUAUCUGCAAGUGUGUGUUCACAACUUGUCUGAAAUUGGGUUCCAGUUAUUUGACCCUCAGUUGGAAGAAGUCACAAAGAACUCCGAUCUGACCUUUGUGUCAUUGAAUUCUCUCAAACAGCAGCACAUCUACAGCAAGCAAGCCAUGUUCUUCGUGUGGGAGUUAAAGUGGAGCCAGGAUCCAGGAGCCUACCUUCACUGCCAAUUCAGUGUGGCCUUCACACCACUAACCGGCCAGGAAUUGAGCUUGAUCAAACCAUUCACCUACCAGCUCAAACUGGACAAUUUCUGCACAUUGUAUGAUGUGAAAGCUGAAAUCUCCCCAUCCCUGGGAGCUGAGAUGUGUAAAACAGGAACCCUGUGUAAUCUGGAAGUGUCAAUUAUGCGCCUGGCUGACCUCACAGAGAUGGAUAAAGAUGAAUCGUUGGUUGACUGUGAUGGGUAUUGUGCCACCAAGCUGAUGUACGAAGUUGUUGAUAACAGCAGUAACUGGGCAGUGUGCGGUAAGAGCUCCGGGGUUAUUUCCAUGCCAGUUGCAACCCGUGCCACUCACAAAGUGCACAUGGAAGUGAUGCCUCUGUUUGCUGGAUUCCUCCCGUAUCCCGAUAUCAAACUCUUCAAGUACCUCCCAUUCCAGGCCGGCCAGGCUGGACCAAUGGAGACAGAUAAUUGGAUGGAGAACGACACCCUGUCCCUGGACCGAGCCCUGGAUGAGCAGGUGGAGAGCAGUAGUACGAGGAGCCGGGGCAGCAGCCAUUCAUCCAGCAGCAAUGAGCACCGGAGUGUGUCGAUGCCUCGCCUGCUCCCCUUCUCCAGUGGCCAGGUCUUCAACACCAGCUCCAGCAUGCAGAUCCUCGUCAUCCCCAGCCAGGAUGACCACAUGUUGGAGGUUAAUGUCACGUGACUGGCCUCUGUGUUUUCCCAGCACUCUGUCAUGUGAGGUGAUGGGGCUCUGUCAUGUGAUCAUGCUGUGCAAUGUAAUUUUGGGGUUCUCUGUGCCAUGACAGGAGAGCAGUGUGUGACAAGACAGUGCCCUCACCUCACAUGACAGGAGCUGUCUGUCUCUGUAAAUGUCUCUAUACAGUCAGCUCUGUGGGGAGUGAUGUAAUUAUGUUCUGUCUUUGUCUCAGUUCUGCUGAAAUAUUAGUGACUUUCUUUUAACUAAGGAAGAAAUGAUGUGAUUUGGUAUCAAAGUCAGUCUGUGUGAGUCACAGACAGCCUCAUGAAACCUACUCCGUCCCUGGGCACCAGCUGCCCCCUCCCAUUCUGGUGUUCCAGGAUCAGGAGUAACUCUGUGCCAGCUCCAUUAGAUUCCAACUCCGAGUUUCCCAUUCCUCCUGUGAGUGAGGCUGUAUGUGAGACUAGGGCAGUGGCACAGCCAGACUGUGAGGAGAGCAAGAAGUUGGCAUCUGUCAGAACUGCUCUGAUAGCUGACCACACCUCCGUGUGAUCAUUCCCCCUCCUUUACCCUCCUGAUGGCUUUUCACUGAAAUUAUUUCAAGCUCAAUCUGUGGUCUAACUGAAUAAUUCUUUAUUUAUUUACAUAAUCCUUAAUUUUUCAUCCAGGUUUAAUUAUAUAAAUAUAUAUGUAUAGAGAGAGAGUAAUAUAAACUUUCAGAGUGGAUCUUGUCAAUGGGGAUCUGGGGCUGCUGAAAUGGAGCAGAGACUGGACUGUCUCGAUGAUACCCCCCGACAGCUCGUCCCCCUGGAUACCCCCCGACAGCUCGUCCCCCUGGAUACCCCCCGACAGCUCGUCCCCCUGGAUACCCCCGGACAGCUCGUCCCCCCUGGAUACCCCCCGACAGCUCGUCCCCCUGGAUACCCCCCGACAGCUCGUCCCCCUGGAUACCCCCGGACAGCUCGUUCCCUGGACACCCCCCGACAGCUCGUCCCCCUGGAUACCCCCCGACAGCUCAUCCCCCCCCCUGGACACCCCCCGACAGCUCGUCCCCCCUGGACACCCCCCGACAGCUCAUCCCCCCUGGACACCCCCCGACAGCUCGAUGUCUGAGGCAAUUUGACAGCAGCUGAGGACCUUUGUAAAUAGCUGGGUAGCUGGUCAGGUUGGUUGAUCAACGCCCAGGGGUUUAGCAUUCACACCCAAUAAAGUUAUAAUCUCUCAGCUUGGUAUCCCUGAUAUUUUCAGCCUUGCUUUAUCUUGUGCUGAGGACAGGGGAGAUGUGGAUGUGAACUGUGAACAUUAUAUAAACAUCAACAUCCUCA